AUGGACUUAGUUCGGGGCAAGGGACGGGGGCUGAUCAUACUGCUUCACGGCCCGCCAGGGGUUGGUAAAACGAGCACUGCGGAAACCAUCGCGGCGUACAGCAGGCGGCCUCUAUAUCCGUUGACAUGCGGAGACAUUGGCUUGACACCGGAACAGGUCGAGUUUAACCUAAACUAUCACUUCGGUCUCGCCAGCCAGUGGGGGUGCAUCAUGCUGAAUGACGAGGCCGACGUGUUCCUGAUGAAACGAGAUUGGCGGGACAUUAAUCGGAACGCAUUGGUUUCAUUGUUUUUGCGCGUCCUUGAGUACUACUCUGGCAUUUUGCCCCUCACGACAAACAGAACCGGUGUCAUUGAUGAAGCCUUCAAGUCUCGGAUGCAUCUGUACCUCAGAUACCCCUCCAUCGACCUUGACUCUACCAAGAAGAUCUGGGACAGGUUGCUGGACCGCAUCAUGCGCGACAACAAGGAAAGCGAUGUCAAGAUCGAUCUGGAACAAUUCUACUCUCAACCCGACUGGGAGAUAAAUAUACCCCUGAUAAGAGAGCAGAAUAUCGAUGUCUCAAAACUGAGCAGAGCCACCAGAUAA